GGUUUACCCUCGGACGGCGGAGAAUCGACUAAUAGUAUUCAGUCUCCAUCGUUAGGCACGACGCCAGCCGCCCAAGGGUGCGCGGCCCAGGGCUUGUCUGGACCAGUUCGGGCGGGCGGCCGUCGUCGCGGCGGCAGGCUCGCAGCGACCGCCCGGUGCAGGCGGCGCGCCGGCGCGGCGUCCUCGUCGGGCGCGGCGGCGGCGGCGUUUGCGGGCGCGGCGGCCGGGCGCAUCGCGGUACUAGUGCCGACGACGAGGACUGUAAGCGCGGAUCGUCUCAGGCCAGCUGUGCCGAGGCACCAGGCUCCGCGUAGUUCCGUCUUGCCGUGUACGAGCCGGAACGCGCCCGGCGCAAGGUCGAAGGCCGCCGCCACGCGCGCGCGCAGCAGGUCGCAGGACGCCGUCGGCCGGACCCACAUCUCCACGGACUUGGUGUCCGACGCCACGGUGACGCGGAGCCGCGGUUUUUCGCGCGCCGGCGCGGCGUCCUCGUCGGGCGUGUCCAGUCCGGCGUCCGUCGCCUCCGUAGACAUGCGCGCACCUUUGCGCCGCUUGUCCCGAUCGUGCCGUGCUGCCCAGGUUUUGUCCCCAAUGAUCGGGGCUGCCUUUCCUCACUCACCUGCGAAUCACUCGGAUGGGCUGUCUAGCCCAUCAUAUUUA